AAGAGCCCGCAUCUAUCCAUUCGUUACACGACAGUUUUCUUACUGUUUCUAGCUAACAUGAUAUACAUAAAGAAAAAUAUUACCAAAAAGUAACCAAAUCACAACAGAAAAGCAUCCACAAAAAAACAGAAUCUUAGCUUCUGUUUGCCUUUUGACAUAGCAAGUUUUCAUCCACCAAUCAUCAUGCAGUAUCAGAUUUCCCCCAAAAACACCAAACUAACACUUCUUCUAUAAAUGAUAUACCCCAUCGAUAUCACCUUAUAAACUCUAAAUUCAUAUUCAAGCAUGAGAUUCCUCACAUACAUAAUCAUUCCUCUUUUCUUUCUUUCUCAAUCCUCAAACGCCUCCAACCUUAUCGUUCGAUCUUGUAGAGAAGCCUCCAAGAAUGACCCGAAUUUGGGCUAUGAUUUCUGCGUUACAUCCCUUUAUGAAGCUGCUUGCAAGAGCAAAUUGCACCCCAAAAAACUAGAAGACCUUGUGAACAUGUCAAUGCAACUAACCAAGUCCAAUGGAACAAACAUCAUUUCCAUAAUUUCACAUGACUUGCAAAACCAAACUCAUGGUGAAUAUGUGAAGGCUUGUUUACGCGAUUGUCUCGAUCUUUAUAAUGAUUCUCUUUCGUCUUUAGAUAAUGCUAUGGUUGCUUUCAAUACGUCGAAGGAUUUGGACACAGCCAAUAUCAACGUGAGCGCCGCCUUGGAUGAUUCAGUUACAUGUGAAGAUCAGUUCAAAGAAAGGAAAGAGGAGAAUGAAACUUCUCCUUUAACAGAAGAGAAUCAUGUUUACUUUCAACUCAAUGUAAUAUCUCUAUCUUUCAUCCAAAUGAUUCGUCAACGCUACUAGCUAUAGCAACACUCUUGAGAAGAAGCAUAUACAUGUAUCUUGAUGAUGUGGCUUCCAG